UUUUCCUUUGAACUGGGGGACAUUAUUGCCUCAGGUCUCUUCCAAGUGUUAAAAAUUGCUCCAAGAUUUGUCAGUGUCGAAAUGACGAAGUUGGGUUGCAAACACCUGCUGCUGCUGCUUCCAUUCUUCUUUGUUGCAUUUCUUGGGAUUAUUGAUGCAAGUCCUCAUAUGGACACCUCACAUAAAUCUAGAUUCGCUCCGCAUGAAAACAUGAGAUAUAAUGUUAUAGACGGCAGUGGUGUAGAGAAAGCCAUACAGGACAUCGGGCUGGGCGAGAAGAGAGGCAACCACAACAAAGUUUCAGUCUCGACUGUAGCAUUGUUCACCUUGGCAAUGGCCGCGGCCACUGGGUUAGGUGCAGUGCCCUUCUUCUUUGUCGAGCUUGAUCCUCAAUGGGCUGGCAUAUGCAACGGAAUGGCUGCUGGCGUGAUGUUGGCUGCGAGCUUUGACCUUGUGAAGGAGGGACAAGAGCAUGGCGCCGGCAAUUGGGUCGUUACUGGGAUUCUAGCUGGUGGCAUGUUCAUCUGGCUCUGCAAGAGGUUUCUUGAACAUUAUGGUGAAGUUAGUAUGCUGGACAUAAAAGGUGCAGAUGCCGCGAAAGUUGUUCUCGUAAUAGGAAUUAUGACUCUUCACUCUUUCGGGGAGGGAUCAGGUGUCGGUGUGUCCUUUGCUGGUUCAAAGGGUUUUACUCAAGGGCUUUUGGUCACUUUGGCCAUAGCUGUUCACAACAUACCGGAAGGGUUGGCUGUCAGUAUGGUGCUUUCAUCACGGGGUGUCUCGCCACAUAAUGCAAUGCUCUGGAGUAUAAUAACAUCCUUACCUCAGCCCAUCGUCGCAGUGCCAGCUUUUAUGUGCGCGGAUGCAUUUAGCAAGUUUUUACCUUUCUGCACCGGCUUUGCUGCUGGAUGCAUGAUCUGGAUGGUUAUUGCUGAAGUGCUCCCAGAUGCAUUCAAGGAAGCAUCCCCAUCGCAUGUGGCAUCGGCAGCCACACUCUCUGUAGCAUCAAUGGAAUGUCUAAGCACUCUUUUUGAGAAUUUCACACAUGACUACAACUCAGAAGAUGCUUCCGGCUUCUUUGUGUCACUCCUUUUUGGCCUUGGACCAUUGAUUGGGGGUGUUGUUAUGGUUGCACUGGCUCUUGCCUUCCGUCUCCAGCAUGCCCUUCUCAUGGGUAUAGCGUCAGGCAUUGCCUUCACCCUUGGCCUCUGGCGGCCGCUCCAACUGCUACUAUCCGCGAAAAUGGCAAUCUUCUCUCUAGUUAGUCUUCUAGCAACAGGAGCUGGACUUUUCCAUUUCGCAAGUUCAACAAUUCUAAAUCUAACAUGCCACAAAAAGACCCGGGUCAGCAGCUUAAAUGGUGUAACCGGAUUUCCAGCCAGUGUUCUCACCCUCCAGUCAAUCUUGGCAUGCGCCGCAGCCGCCUUCCAUGCACUAGCCGAGGGGCUGACGCUGGGUGUUGCUGCUCCAAAGGCUUAUGGACUCGGGAGGCAUAUGGUCCUUCCCGUUUCUCUACACGGCUUCCCAAGAGGGAUGGCCGUGGCUAGUUGCAUUUUUGGUGCUACAGAGAGUUGGCAUGCAGCCCUCUCGACAGCUGCUUUGAUCGGAUUUGUGGGUCCCGUGUCUGCCAUUGGAUCCAUACUUGCUGGCAUUGAUUAUAGUGGACUAGAUCACAUAAUGGUGUUGGCGUGCGGAGGAUUACUGCCGAGCUUUGGCCGAGUGCUGAGGAGAGCAAUGAGGUUAGACACUAGGAAAAGCAGUGUGGGUCUGUCUCUGGGAGUGGCAUCUGCCGUCCUUUGUCUGACUUUCACCAGACUGGUCUGCUUGCACACUCCCUACUGCAAUUCUGCUCCAGAGGCUGUCAGAUGAUUUUCAGAACCGGUGUUCUUGCAAGAAAAUCCAUCUUUGUUAUCUGUAUCGAUUCGGGCUUCCAAGUUGUAUUACUCAGUUUUGCUUCUAUGGAUUAAACACGGUUAGGAUGAUUGUGGAUGGAACAUAUUUGAUCAGACGAUUGAUAUAAUAUCCGAUUUGUGAACU